CAAAGUCAUUGCUUUUACACUCCACACCCUAACUGCCUCACCGUUCUAAAUUCACAGAAACCCCGUUAUUCAGCUCCACAAAAUCCUCCUUUUUAACUUCUUAUUUCCUUACUACUUUGAUCUCUCUGAAUUUUCGUUCUUCUUCAAACUUAAUACUCUCUCUCUGUACAAUCAAUAUGGCUAACGCAGCAUCUGGGAUGGCAGUGCAUGAUGACUGCAAAUUAACGUUCUUGGAGCUGAAAACAAAAAGAACUCACCGAUUUAUUGUUUUUAAGAUAGAAGAGAAGCAAAAGCAAGUUGUGGUUGAAAAAGUUGGUGAGCCAACUCAAAGCUAUGAGGACUUUGCUGAAAGUCUUCCUGCUGAUGAAUGCAGAUAUGCUGUCUACGAUUUUGACUUCGUAACUGAGGAAAAUUGCCAAAAAAGCAGGAUCUUUUUCAUCGCAUGGUCCCCUGACACAGCAAGAGUGAGAAGCAAGAUGAUCUAUGCCAGUUCAAAGGACAGAUUCAAGAGAGAGCUUGACGGAAUUCAGAUUGAGUUGCAGGCUACUGAUCCAACUGAAAUGGAACUUGAUGUAAUUAAAAGUCGUGCAAACUAGGUAUGGAUGAUUAGAUACCAGAUAGACCUGUAAAAGGGAGAAUCUUGAUGCAAUCAUCUUAUUUAAACUGUUCAUAGCUUGUGGGACAAAAACUGGCUAUAUCAGUACCAAGCGUUACAUUUUGAUUCUUGAACGAGCUUUAUGGUGGGUGGUCUAAUAUAAGAUGUGUUUAAUUUGAUUAGAAAUCAUUCAUCUGAGUGUUUAAUUUGUUGCUUGAUUCUACGAGCUACUCGUAAGUAUUCUUUGUGAAGGAUCAGACAUGAUAAAAUUAUUUUUGAACUUUGACUGA